GGUGAGGAGGAUGUCUUGUUGAGGGAGGGGGGGCAACACACACGGACUGCUGGCAGCAUUGUGAGAAUUACAUUGUUGCACAUUAUCCAAGGGCUUAGAGACGAUAAAAUACCGGACAGCAGGAUAAAAUCCUUGUAGUGCACAUAUGCAUUAGAAUACGACGUGGACGCUGGAAACGACCACCGGCGGAGAAUAGAUGUGAAUAAUCAUAUGGAAGCUGAAUGCUGUUCAUUUAGUGCAACAUCUACAACAGUCUGCAGAAAUUUACAUUCCAGAGAAGAGGUGAAGUGCGUGUCUUUACAUCCCAAAACUGCCCCAGCUUUAAGAAUACACCGUGAUGAAGGGUUAUGCAUCGUAAGAGGCAUUGCAAGCCAGCUGUGAGGUUUCGUUGCCAAGGCAACUCAGACACCCACUCUACAGUGUUCGGCUCACCCUUGCUGAGCAGGCACAUUGGUCAAGACCCACUAAAAGCGACCGAACAACAAAAGAGAGAGGCAAAUAAAGAGUAAGCUAUAAGUUUGGAAGGUCGUCCUGAAUCAAGAAGAGCAGCUGUAAACACCAGCAGCUGGAUUCCACUACCAUUCUAAUGCACAGCACUCUCUCAGACUGACGGGUUUUCACUGGCAGUAAACUGGCAAGUUAGAAAGAGAGCUCACACAGGUUGGCCAGCAGCAGCAUCCUAGAGAUUAUAGAUUUGGAGAUUACAGGACAACAGCAGGUCAGGGCACACUGCCUUGUUGAAAUCGGAGUUCUCUACCUCACCAAUUCUGUUAAGAGCUGUCAUCGUGAAAUUGGCAAGCGAGCCCUCCGACACAACACGUUCACAUGCACUCGGCUGGUCACGUACUCCACUAGCUGCUAGACCGAUGCAGUGUUAGAAGAAAAUCGGAUGAUGUUUUUGUUCGCCUUUUUCUUUAAUCCAGCUCCUUGCCGCUCAAAUCCCUUUUUGUGCUCGAGUCGCUAGAUUCUUUCAAUCAUCUUUGUUGCUGUGUUAUAUUCUUAUUUUUAUUUGGUUCAUUUUUAUUAUCCACAGACCUGGAGAGAGUUAAAGUGCUCAAAUGAUCAAACCAUGAUGGCAGAAUAUCCUAAAGUGCUUAUCAAGACUGGAAUGUUCAAACCACGCAGUUAGGAAGAGAAACCACAGGUUCCUCAUAUUUGAAUCUUCAAGCUGCUUUCAUUGAAGACACCAUAAAGACCAAGGGACAAACGCAGUGGCAUGUCUCCGCAUUCAGAGUAACUCACAGGAUACGCAACUGCCACUAAAUGAAUCAGAAUGAAAGAGUUUGAAGAGUGUUGUAGAAUGUAAAGCUAUUCAAGAUGUCUGCAAAAGAGCUUCAUUACAAGACUGUGAGAAAACUCCACCUAUUUCCACCUCUGGCUGCGAAGUUCGACAAGGUGGCUCGCUAGACGGAGCGCACAGCCGUGGACAAACUGUAUCACAGUGACAAACUUGGAUUUGUAGAGGAAUGUAAUGAAGCAGACACGGGUGACAGUCUAGCUUGUCUGGCACUGAGAUGUCAAAACCACAGAGGGGGCUAUUCCUUUAACUGUCACUGCAAGGAGAAUAGAGUCGAUCACACACACGCCUACAAGCAGACUGAUUUUUAGAGGCGAAAGACUGGUGUGUGUUUGAACCGUGGCAGUAUAGACAGUUCAAAAGCGUGAAAGAGAGAGCUGGAGGAGAUCCCAUGGUGUAGGGGGAAGAGAGCGAAAAUAAAGAGCGGUAAAAGGCUUUACGGCAGCGGUGACACAUUGAAAGAGAAGACUGACAGACUGGAGCUCAGCAGUGGCAGUACACAGGCGCACAGUUUUGUGAGAUUCAUACACUUUUGGGUUUAAAGCCUGUGCCAUUCAGUACACCGAGUAGAACUGAGACCAGGUUGGGCACGGUGGCAGGGGCUGGUUCAUGGCAGUGGGGCGGGCGCAUGCCGUCUGUGCCUCCGCAGCGAGAGGGACGCUUCAGUUUGGGAUGGGGUUGGGGUUGGGCCGCAUGGGCACGGACUCAGAGGGCGGGUGAGCUGAGACCCUGGGUGCCUGCUGGAGUCGGACCUGCGGCGGCAGGAGAACGUGGGGGCAUGAGAUGCUCGCUUCGCUUCUGCGUGGUCUUGGGAUCCCUGGCCCUCCUGUUCCUCACAUCGCUCUUCUUCUCCUACUCGCUGAAAGGAGGAGUCGGCUUGCCUUACUUGGAACCCCCGGGAUGGGAAGAGUCACACAGGGUUAAGCUAGUGCCCAGCUACGCCGGUUCCCACCGGGUCGUCCCGGCUGAGAGCUCCCAGCAGAAGACAUGUGCCUGCUCUCAGUGCGUGGGUGACCCAGGCGUUUCUGACUGGUUCGACGAGAACUAUGACCCAGACAUCUCGCCCGUGUGGAUUCGGGACAACAUCCAACUGCCUUCAGAUGUGUACUACUGGUGGGUGAUGUUGCAGCCUCAAUUCAAACCCCACAACAUCCAGCAAGUUCUACAGAGGCUGUUCCAGGUCAUUCCAGGCCGUUCCCCAUACGGUUCGUGGGACCCUGCCCGCUGUCUGCGCUGUGCCGUGGUGGGGAAUUCGGGAAACCUCCGUGGGGCAGGUUAUGGUUCGGUCAUCGAUGGCCACGACUUCAUCAUGAGGAUGAACCUGGCUCCCACUGUAGGGUACGAAGAGGAUGCCGGCAGCCGUACCACACACCACUUCAUGUACCCAGAGAGUGCCAAAAACCUGGCGGCCAACGUUAGCUUUGUGCUGGUGCCCUUCAAGACUCUCGACCUGUUGUGGAUCACCAGUGCCCUCUCCACCGGCCAGAUCCGCUUCACUUAUGCUCCAGUGAAGCAGUUUCUGCGUGUGGAUAAAGACAAGGUCCAGAUCUUCAACCCAGCUUUCUUUAAAUACAUCCAUGACCGCUGGACACGUCAUCAUGGCCGCUAUCCCUCCACUGGCAUGCUGGUGCUGUUCUUCACUCUACACGUAUGUGAUGAGGUGAAUGUAUUUGGUUUUGGGGCGGACAGCAGGGGAAACUGGCACCACUAUUGGGAGCAGAACCGCUAUUCUGGAGAGUUUCGCAAAACAGGUGUCCAUGAUGCAGACUAUGAGGCCCAGAUCAUUGACAAGCUGGCCAAAGCUGGCAAGAUCUCUGUCUUUCCUGGAAAGUGAAUCUGGGCACCAGGAGCAAAGAAAUGGACCAACUGAUGGACUACCAUAAACAAAACCACCCAUUAUCCACUUGACACAUUUAAUGUGCCUGUUAAACGUGAUCAAGAAGUAAUUUUUCAUGAUCUUAUUACCAUUCUAUGCUGUCCCGAGUGGACAGGAUUUUGGGCAGCAUCCCUGAUGUGGUGGUUUUGAGAGGAGACACUAGUACUAAAUGAACUAAUGUGCUUUUCCUUGCAAGCCUACCUCAACUAGGACAAGCAACGUGACUUGGCAAGGAUCACCAAUAUCUCACCACUAAACAGCAUGUUAGGUAUAUGUUCUGGGAAUGGAUUUGGCUUAUAUUUAUGACUUUCGUCGAAUAGUGAUGAUGCGGGAACUCUUAUCUCAUGCCGAGGCCAGGUAGAUGAGUGAGACCAACAAUCACCAUAGUGUAUCAUAGUACUCUAGUAGUUCUCUGUUGAUUCGUUAAAGAGAUAGUUGACCCUAAAAAUUAAAAUUGUCAUCAUUUACUCUGCCUCAUGUCAUUCCAAACCUGUAUGAUUUACUGUCUUCUUCAAAAAGAUAUUUUGAAGAAUGUUUGAACUGUUUAUGUCAAUGAGGUCAAUGGGGUCCAAAGUAGUUUUUGCUACAUUAUCUUAACAGAAUAAAAAGUCAUACAGGUUUGGAAUGAAAUGAAGUUGAGUAAAUGAUACAAUUUUAGUUUCUGGGUGAACUUUCCCUUUAACUAAAAGCUUGGAUAGUGGCAGGUUGUUUCACUAGCGUUAUAGCACUGCAGUUAGACUCCUCACAUCACCAGGUGCAUGUGGCUAAGUGGACUUCAAAGUUUGUGAUGUUAAACCAAGCUGUAGUCCUAUAAGAUAUUUUAUGUUUUGUUGUUCGUGUUUGAAAUGUUCAUGCUAACAGUUUGUGAUCACUGUGUGCGCACAGCAGUCUGAACGACCUUGUUUUUUUGGUUCGUUUCUGUUUUUGCUAAUUAUGUCUGAGUACUGAUCAUUCCUCUGGUCUGGGAAGGAUGGACCGAUAGUCGACACCAGGAGCUAAAACCACUGACGCAGUCCAAUAUGAACACAUAUGAGCAAUAUAUUAAGUACAUGUGGAGUAUGUUUAGAAACCAACGCUACUAAAGGUGUGGUGAUUGUUCUAGAGAUUCACUGUGAACAGUGGUAGAGCUUCAUUGUUGAUCUUUAGCACAUUACUAAAUUUAAUGUAAUAGUGUUAUAUAAUGGAAUAGGACAGAAAAAAGUAUUCGAUUGUGAGAAACCGAAUAUAAGCUUUCAUUUAUGAAGCCUGUUGUAUUGCGAUACAAUUUAUGACUAGCUGACAGACAGAUCUUGAAGUUCUGGUGGAAUUCAUUGAUAAGCGUUUUCUUGAAGUCAUGUAGACACUUCUUUGCUGCUGUUCAGUCAUUUACCAUCAACAAUAGAUGAUUUCUUUAUAUUUAUUGUCAAAUUUGUAUAGUUGUCCUUGCAUAAUUUUUCACAUUAUAAAUGUUGUAGACUAUACAAACGAUAAGUAGAAAGAUCCACUUGAAUGACAAGAGCUUUCUACGGUGCCCCUAAAGUGACGGGGAAUGUAUAUGAGAUACAAGUAAAAUUUAAUUUCAGUGCUUUUGCGUUCUCUUACAAAUUUUUGAAUUCCCCAAAGAAACAUUGUGCUAGCUGGCAGAUUGUUUGCUUGAGAAACUUUGCGGUACCUUGCAAAAUAUUUGCAUUCCCCAAAGAAAUGUUGCAUUAUUUUACAAAAUAUUUGUGUUCCCCUAAGAAAAAUUUAUUUACUUUGAAAAUUAUUUGCAUUCCCCCAAGAAAU